AUGGACGGUGGCGGGUCGUCGCAGGGUCGUAAUCGUCGCGCGGCGAUGCUCCCGGUGGUGUUCGCCCUCGGGAUUGUCGCAUUGUCGUCGGCGCUCUUGUAUCUACAUGAAGCCGGCUCGCUUGGGAGGGGAGGAGGCAGCAACGCCGCUUGCGCCGUGUGGGAUGAUAAGGUGGUGCCACUGGAAGAGCAAAUGGCGCAUCUAGACCAACAGCUUGCAGCCCUCACAGAGAGCAUCAGAGCUCACCAGCAGGCGUUGCUGGAUAAGGAGCAGUUACCGUCAGCUGCCACGGAUGCUGACGGGGCUGGUGCUGGCUCUGACGUGGCGUUUGGCGAUGCUGACCUGGCACAACCGGCGCGGCGAGUGGCUCUUGACCUGGUUGAGAUCAUCGGCAAGACGCACAUGGACGCCCCUCGUCUGAAGGAGAUGAUAGAGCCUAUGGCCAAGCGCGUGGGCAAGUGGGUGCAGGACAAGGUGCAGGACGCGUGCCAGCCCUGUCGCCCCUGCAACUCCACCAUCGUGCUCGUGGGUAAGCCCUGUCGAGUCAACGCCUUCCCCACUACGUGCCAAAGGAGGCUGUCCCCUGCUGAGGUGGAUGACGAGGAGGACCUGGAAGGACCGAGCGAUGACAGAGUGGAGGGGGAGGGGGAGGUCGGGGAGAGAGGAGCAACAAGGAGGAGUUUAUUGGCUUGGAGUGGGGAGGAUUUGGAAGGGCCGGGUGACGAUAGGGUGGAGGAGGGGGAGGGAGGGGAGGAGGUGGGGGUGGGGGCAGGAAGAAGGCGUUUAUUGGGGUGGAAUGGGGAGGAUAUGCAAGGAUCGGAUGAUGAUACAGCACAGUGGGGGGGAGAGGAGGUGCAAUUAGGGCAGGUGGAAGGCGGGGAGGGGCAAGUUUUUGAGACGUCUCAAAAACAGGUGGAAGGCGGGGAGGGGCAAGAAGUUGGCUCAGUGGAAGGGGAAGCAGAGGGGGGACGAGGUGCAGCAGAGUCGGUGGGGGAGAGGCGACGGUUGGUGAAGGAGCAGGAGGAGAGCGAGAGGAAGCGGCCGUUAUGUCGGGAUGGCACGGCUGCGGGGUACUGGAAGGACUACAGCACGUGGGAGCCGUACUCGUGCCGCUACAGGGAGUACAGCAAGAAGGAGGUGCGGGCAUGCCUGCGCUACAAGUGGGUGCACUUCUUUGGGGACUCCACCACUCGCCACCUCGCGGCCGAGUUCUCCCGCCUCGCAGGUGUGCAGCGGCGGGCGUGGGACGCAGACAAGAACCGCACGGCCCUCAUGGAUACGGGCGAUGGGGAUGAGAACUCGCCGCUGCCGAGGAUUACUUAUCUGUUUAGGGGGAAAAUGGCACACCAGCGGCACCCAAUUGCCGGGGUGCCUCCAGAGAGGGACCUGAACAACGACUUUCUAGAAGCUUUUCGAGACCCUAACGUAAAGCAGCCAGACACCAUGGUGAUGAGCAUCGGAGCACACGAGGUCAUCGGGUGGACCAGGCGCCCCCCACCGGACCUGGACUUGCGCACGUUCAAGCGCGACACGGAGGAGGCCAUUGCGCUGCUCAAUAGCACCUUCACCCGCGGCCGGCUCGUGUGGUGGAAGGCGCACUACAUCUGGCCAGGGAAAGUUGUAGGGCAGGAUUAUUUCACAGUGCGCACAUUCCACGAGCUCUACCAAGCGUAUGCGUUCAGGCGCAUGGCACAACAGGGCUACACCAUGAUGGAUCUCUACCAGACGACUAAGGACAGAUACGACCAAGUCUUUAGAGGGGAUGGAGCGCACUAUGUCGGCCUGUGCUUGAAGCUUCAUGUUCAAAUUCUUGCCAAUACGCUUUGCAACCAUUUGCACAAGUCGUAG